GAUAUAUUUCAUUCUGUUCUCGCUAUUGGUUUGUGUUAUAUGUGAUAUUAAGCGAACACCAAUCCCAACAAGUCUAAGACGAUGUUUACAUACAAGGGAUCAAUACUCUUCUAUGACAGAUGAACAAAUAAGCACGACUUGCUUGUUAGAAUUUCUGUGGUUGAAUCGUCAAAUUUGUGACACUAUAUCUAAACAAACCUAUGAUUGGCUAGCGUCACUUGUUGAAAGAUCACAGCAGCGAUAUAACUUGACACCUUUACAUGCAAGUGUUAAUUCAAUUACAAGAUCUAAACCACAAACGACAAUUAUGUCACAACCAGGUACUUCAACACCUUCGCCAAUUAAAAGAUAUUUAAGACACAGGAAAAAAAGACAAAUAUCAAUGACCACAUCUCUACCACAUUUAUCAACUCAACCAAGAUUAUCAACCACAACCACUCAGCCACAACUAUCAACAACAACGUCACGACAACAAACAACAAGAUCGCAACUAGGACAGCGUAAAGAGUAUAGAAUGCUUACUGACCAGGAAAGGGAUGAUUACCAUAAGGCCAUUAACGACUUAAAGCAAGAUACUAGCGUGUUGCCAAAUAAAUAUGAUGCUCUCGCUGAACACCACCAAAAAACAUCAGAGACGGCUCAUGGCGGAGUAGCUUUUGGUGGUUGGCACAGAUAUUACCUUCUUCUGUAUGAACUCGCAUUGCAAGAAAAGAACCCAAAUGUCAUGUUACCAUACUGGGAUUCCACCUUAGAUAGUGCGAUGGACACGCCGACUGAUACGGUUAUUUUUACCGAUAAGUUUCUUGGAAAUCCAAAUGGAAAUGUAACAUCAGGACCAUUUGGACAUUGGGAACGAAAAAUACAACGAUCCCUUCACAAGGAUACAUCGUUGUUAAUCACAAACAAUGAAUUGAGUUUGUUAAUCCAUAAGAGUAAGGACCACCGAGAGUUCAUGAGUACUUUAGAAAUGCACCAUAACGGCCCACAUGUAUGGAUAGGUGGUACUAUGGUAGAUGUAGACAGUGCUCCUUUUGAUCCCGUUUUUUACAUGCAUCAUGCAUUUAUUGAUUGUAUAUGGGAGCGUUAUAGAGUUCUUGAGAAACAAAGGGGCCAAAACCCUGAAAUCUACCCAAGCUUAAAAUCUGAUAGUCCAGCGCAUCAACCCUCUACCGUUAUGAUAAAUCUACCACCUUUCAAUGGUGUUAAUUUUACGAAUGCUGAUGGAUACAAAAACUUUUGGACAGAAACUUAUUAUUCUUGUGCACCUCAACCAUCGUGUAGCGUCCAUUCACCAGAAUGUGGAUCGGAGUGGCUUGAAUGUGACAUAUUUACAGAAAGAUGUGUUUCUAAAGGCUCAGAAGCUGCCUUACCCCGCGUUACCCCUUCAGAUGUUUUCCGGGUAAAGAACGCUAGAGAUCAAACAUCUCCAACCACUCAAAGUUUAACUACAACUCCACCAGCCACACAGUUUGGUCCUACAUCAAGUCAGCCAACAAGUAAAAAUAACAAAAUCACAGCUGAGGACUUUUUCUCUACACUAAAAUCAGUAAAUAAGCAACAUAUCAAUGUUCCAAAAACUCCAAGUCCUCGAAUCAGACGUAGUUUGAUGAAAGGGAAAACUGGACAAAAUGGCGGCACAGGAAUGCCUGGAAGACUUAGUUCUCCCUCUAUCCUAGUUACUCAACAGCAACAACAUAGAAUGCUUCCUAUUGUCGGAUUGAAAGUACCAAAAUUUAAGAAACCAUGUUGUGGACAUCCAAGACAGAACACUUUUAGAAUAGAUUGCAAAGAAGGAACAGAUUUAUGGGUAUUUGUUCCAAUCAAAGUUGUCAAUCUACGACAUGGGGACAUAGUGUAUCCGUCAUAUCCAGUUAAUUCAGAAGGUCGUAGACUGAAUAAUAGCGACGUGUAUUCUGUCGGACAACAACUAUCAUUUGCAUCUAAUUUACAAUCCAAAACACGUUCCAAACAUAAGCCAUGCAGCUACGACAAAUCUGGAAUGUUCAAAGUUAAAGUAUCAUCUUACGGCUUGAAUUACUAUGGUAUUUACGAAGACACAGUCUUUUUGGAUAAUAGACGAACAGUUUCAACUGAAAUUUCAUAUAUUGGCAUAAAAAAUUCUGAACAAAGGGAAACAAAGGUCUUCGUCACUGCUGUUGAUGAAUGUGGAAUUGCUUGUCAACCGAUGAUUUUAGUACGGGGUUAUCGAACUCAUCAUUUGCGAUAUAGGAAAAAUAUAGGAGCUAUUGAAAUAACAACAAAGGGCCAUCAGUAUCACAGUAAUACAUAUAGAGGUGCGGAGUCCUUGGUUUGGAAAGCAGACAAAUUUUCUGUUCCUCAAUCAGAUGAAAGCAAGAUUCCGAUUGUAUUUGUUUGUGAUUAUAGAAGUAAAAAUCCAUGGUCUUGA